AUGACACCCAAUCCAAUAAGACCAUCAGAACGAUUCCUUAAAUUUUAUCUGAAUUUAUAGGUAUUGAGAGAUAUCGGUUAUAUGCACAAUCCAAUUAAAUUAGGCAUGAAAAUAGAAAAAAGUAAUCAAAGGAUCCAAGUAUCAAAUUUAUAAAAUGAAGAGCUCUUGAUACUGAAUCUUUAUGUAUUUUUGUCUGAAAAAAAUGUUUGGUCAAUAGAUGUUAUUGUAGCUUUAAUUAAUAAUGAUGGAAAUCUCUUAGAUGCCAUUUAUUUAUGCUUCAUUUUUGAAGACCUUAAGUCAGGUGAUUAAUUAAAGCAAUUAUAUAAUUGA